AUGGCGAAAUUGAAGAUUUCAGGGCCGUGGAGUGGUGUUUUGGAUGUGGAACUGGAUAAUUGGACUGUGAUCAUGUUGAGGGAAGAAAUAGCAAGGCGAUCGAACUGUGGGGUUGAGUCGAUCAAUUUGAUUUGCGGUGGUAGAAUCUUGAAAGAUGGCGAUGGAGGCGAGAAACUACUCGAUUUGGGUGUUAAGAACAACUCUCGGAUUCUUGCUAUGCGGGUUUCUACUGAAGAGGGCAAAUCACUCAACGUUGAGUUGAUGGCUGAGGAAGAACGCUCUAACAGGCUUGCUCGAGUCAAGGCAGCUGCCACUGCUUUAGCCAAGAGGCAUGCUAAUGGUUUCCUCCCAGUUGAAGAUUUCAAUAUAGAACUUGAGGAUCAAAGUGGACAGAAAGUUAAUUUGGGGUCUGAAACUGAUCAAAGGGCAAUCAUGAUGGGCUUGAUGCUUCAUGCAAACGCAAAGCAGCUUAUAAGAAAGGGAAAUUACAAAGAAGCAUUAGAAGUACUCAUCAUGGGAGAGGAGGCGUUCUCUCUUUGCAAUCCAAAAGUCAUUGAGUUUGUUGACAACGUCUCAAUUCUUCAAAUAGACAUGGUGUGGUGCUAUUUCAUGCUAAAAGACAUCAAGUGGCUCUCGGAUGCAGGAUUACGCCUUGCAAAGGCUAGAGAAGGAAUUGAACGAGCUCAUGGGAAGGACUCUUCCCGAGUUCGACUCCUUCAAGCUGGUUGUCAUCCCGAGCUUGCCUUACAUUUGAGACUGGAGCUCCUGGAAGGGGUGGCUGCAUACCACAGUUGUAUGUUCGAUAAGGCCCGGGAAGCGAUCAACUCAGCACAAAUGAAAUAUUCUCAGCUACAAGUGCCAGAUGAAGCAUUAUCCCAUGUUAUGGACAUGGGCUUUAAGGAAGGAGAAGCAAAGAGAGCACUCCGUAUGUGCCAUCAAGAUGUAUGCAAGGCUGUUGAUUUCCUUUUUGAGGAAAGAACAAAGAGAGAGAAAAAACGGGAAGAGGAUAUCGAACGCCAGAAGGAAAUCAAGGAGCAAAAACGGUAUGGAAUGACACCCUCCAAGAAAGCUGUUGAUCUUCAGAGAUUGAAAGAACUGGCAUCUAUAGGGUAUGAAAAAAACUUGGCUGCUGAAGCGCUGAGAAGAAAUGAGAAUGACAUACAAAAAGCAUUGGAUGAUUUGAUAAAUCCAGAAACUAACUCUUUUAUUCAGAAUGCUGUAGAGUCGAGGAAAAGGAAACGACAGCGUCAAACAACAGAUGCUGCAGUCGACAAGCUCGUUCUCAUGGGGUUUGAUAGAACAAGAGCCAUUGCAGCUUUUCAGGCUGGUGGCUCCUUAGAGCAAGCAGUUAAUUUAUUAUCACUGCCCGAUACUAAAUCUACGGUUGAUGGACAACCCGACUCGGUCCCUACAGCCUCAGCUUCCGAGGAUGCAAGCUCCUCCAUUUCAAACAUUGAAGAAAUCCAAGACAUGUUAGACAACUUUGAUAAUGGGGAAGGCCCUUCUACUGUCGAAGAAAACCGAGACUCUGAGAUGGAAAGCGAACUUGCCAGAGAACUCGACAGGGCUAGUGCUGUAUCAGAUUACGACAUGGAUGUAACAAAAGAAGGAGAAGCCAUCACAGAGUACUUGGCUCUAUUGGAUUCACUGAUGAAUUCCGCGAAAGCUUAAGAAACACUAGACAGGGCUUAUGUUAUGUAAAUAAUACUAUUUUAAAUUCUGGAUAUGGUAGAGCUAUUUAGAGACAAACAAAACUAACCUCGAAAGAGAUGUUGGCAGAGCAGAACAUGAACAAGAUUUAGUAAUGCACAUCAAUUUAUUUCAAGUAAAUAA